AGCAACGCGUCGAAGCCAUAUUUAUUUUGAACGAAUUUUUUAGAAAAAUUGAAAUUUUCAUUCAUUUUUGUUUAAAAAAUGCCCGAAGACGAAAGGCCGAUUGCUAAUUCAGACAUUCCCAUACACAUAGGAAGAACUCUGGCUAUAAUAAAACCAGAUGCGAUUGAUAAACGCGACGAAAUAGAAGAAAUUAUACAGCAACAUGGAUUUAGUAUUUUACAGGUACGAUGCCGGGUUUCCGGACAGUGUCUUUGCUAUAUUUUAUUUGGUUCAAAAGAUUGCUAGAAAGUUGAACAUUUUAUAAAUGAAGAUCACUAUUGUCUACGUAUUUUAGAGGCAGUUGUUUAAAUUAGGUUGUCAAACCAUUUAGUUACAAUGCGCUCAAAUGCACCCGACUUUUAUAUUUUACUAUAAAUAUGCCAGACGAUUUUACUCGUCAAGGGGAGAGUUUACUAGUAAAUGCACCGAUGACAUUGGGAUCCAUUGUGAGACAAAAAGUUUUGAUUUUUUUAUGAUUUUUUUUCUGUGUUGGUGUUGUCAGGUGUUGUGUACUCAGGUGAAUAUGAUGUUUGUGAUGUUACUCGAGAGUGUAUUUGUUUAUGUUUGAACUCGUGCCAUUGAGUGCCAGCACUCUCAUUGUCUGGCAUUAGACAGCAUAACCUGGUGUUUAGGCUGAGUAAAAUAAUAAAGUAUGGCACAUCGUGUCAUUCCAGAGAACAACCAUACCUUCCCCAAGGAGGAAAUUGGAAGUUCACCUCUAUCCCCUAAUACAAUUAUUACAAACACCUCCGAUGUCAGCAAUUUCUUCCAUGGGGGUGGAUAUUCUUGUGGAACAACCCAUUGGGGUGCAAUGCAACUUAAUGGUUAACCCUUUACGUGGCAAUUACUUUAUUAUAUUAUGGCCCUACUUUAUUAUAUUACCCUGCCUAACGCCAGACGAUUUUACUCGUCAGGGGGAGAGUGCUGCCACUCAAUGGGUUAAACUUAAAUUUAACAUUGCAUCCUGUGAUUAUUUUCCAGAAACGACAAAUACACCUCACACCUGAACAGACAAGCGAUUUCUACGCUGAGCAUUAUGGCAAAAUGUUCUUCCCAAGUCUGGUUGCCUACAUUAGCAGGUAA